AGGAGGAAGGACUCGAAAUCCUUUGCGUUCGCUUCAGGCAAAGGAGCUGCCAAAGAGCAGGCUGGCAUUGCUGGGGCAGGACGGUCACCUGGGGACAGGCCGAGACGUGCCUGUCGUGGCACCACCUGGCAGCACGGGCAUCGCUGUUUUCCUGCCCCAAUGCCACGAGUUGGGGUGUGAUAGGAGCAGCCACGUCAGCUGAUGGAGACACCUGCUAUAAAGCGCCCGCCGGCCCCGUGGCAGAGGCACGAGCGAGCCCACCAUGGCCAACGUGCUGCCCCCCUGCCUGCUCCUGGCCCUGCUGCUCCUGCCCUCGGCGCUGCCCGCGCCGCCACAGGAGCGAGGGCUCAUCUUCAACUUGGACACGGGGGAGCUGUGCCUGCAGAGCGCCCAGUGCAAGAGCCACUGCUGCCACCGGGUCAGCGGCCUGAGCCUGGCCCGAUGUGCGCCGAAGGCGGCCGAGUUCCAGGAGUGCUCCCCGAAGAGCCUCUAUGGGGUCUACUACAAGUGUCCCUGUGAGAACGGCUUGACCUGCAACGCUGAUAAGACCAUCGUGGGCUCCAUCACCAACAGCGACUUUGGCAUCUGCCAGGACCCCCGGGGCUCCGGCACGUCACGGUGAAGGAAGAGACCCCCCCGGUGACCCCCAGUGCUGCCCCUGCUGCCCUGCCUUUCCCUCUCCCCAGGGGGAAAAGCAGGAAAAGGGAAACCUGCCCCGGUCC